AUGGACAACACUAGCUCUGCUAUGAAUCUCGAGCAGAUCGACCAGGAGAUCACUCUCCAUCUACAAAAAAUAGACUCGGAUCUCGCAUACUGCUUCACGAAGAUCACCAAGGACAUAAUACCAUAUGUGACGCAGUACGGCCAGACAUGCGAGGAGAUAUCGUACUCGUGUGCGUGGCUGAAGGAGAUGUUCCAGCAGAGUGCCAACGUGCAGCUUGUGACUGAUCAAGGUGCGGAAUCUGCGGGACAGGUUCUGGAGCCUCGCGCAUCGCUGUUCCCAGAGGUGGACAACAAGCCGGACAACAAGGCGAACAACAAGGUGGAUCAUCAGAUGGAUAACAAUAACAACAACAAUAACAACAAUAAUACCACGAUGGACGGUUUCCAUACUGCUGAACACCCAUUGGGGAUGGGGAUGGGUAUGGGCUCGGAUACCGACGAAAUGACCCAGGACAGCACAAUGGAGAAACAGCGCAAGAAACGUAAGAUAUCGCUGCAGAUCCAACAGCAGUUCAACUCGUCGUCAUCGUCAUCGUCAUCGUCGACCAACUCUACGCUACACAAGGACUUCCAGGAGAACAGCUCGCCUAUCAAGAUGAACCCCGUCGAUAAGGGGACCGAAACCAACAACACGCUGGGGAAAGAAGGCAACCAGCCGGGGCCUCAGCCAGCGGACGGCCAGCCAACCGUGAUUCACUUCAAUAGCAACAACACCAGACGGUAG